AUGAGAACCUUUCACCGCAGUGGUAUGUUUAAGAAGUCAAAUGCUAAUCCUAGUGCAAGACUUGUAAUAACAACUAUUAUGGGCAUGGUGUUUGGAUAUUUUAUUGGUGUUUCAUUUCCAUCUGCUUCUUUAACAAAGAUUAAUUUACCUUCAGGAGCUUUAACAUCUCUGGACGUAGCAUUGGAUGAUGAGAAUCAUGGUUUUGGUUUGGGUAGAACUCCUUCAAUGCCAAAGAUCUAUGUUCCUACAAAUCCUCGUGGUGCCGAGGCUUUGCCAGAAGGAAUUGUAGUUUCAGAGGCAGAUUUUUAUCCACGAAGACUAUGGGGUGAACCUAGUCAGGAUCUAAAAAGGAAGCCAAAGUAUCUAGUAACAUUUACGGUCGGUUUGGAUCAGAAGAGCAAUAUUGAUGCGGCAGCUAAGAAGUUUCCUGAGGAUUUUCAAAUUAUGCUUUUUCACUAUGACGGCCGGACAAGUGAGUGGGAUCAGUUUGAAUGGUCACAGCGUGCAAUACAUGUCAGUGUUAGGAAACAAACAAAAUGGUGGUAUGCGAAGAGAUUUCUACAUCCUGAUAUUGUUGCAGCUUAUGAUUACAUUUUUAUCUGGGAUGAAGAUCUGGGUACUGAGCAUUUCAAUGCUGAGAAGUAUAUUCAACUAGUUAAGAAACACUGUUUAGAUAUUUCCCAACCUGGUCUUGAACCCAAUGAUGGACUAACAUGGGAAAUGACAAAGAGGAGAGAUGAUAGAGAAGUUCACAAGGACACGGAAGAGAAACCAGGCUGGUGCAGCGAUCCACGUUUCCCUCCAUGUGCAGCCUUUGUUGAAAUUAUGGCUCCAGUAUUUUCUCGUGAAGCUUGGAGAUGUGUUUGGCAUAUGAUUCAGAAUGAUCUCGUACAUGGAUGGGGAUUGGAUUUUGCCCUAAGAAGAUGUGUAGAGCCUGCACAUGAAAAAAUUGGUGUGGUUGAUUCGCAAUGGGUUGUGCACCAAGUAGUACCAUCUCUUGGAAAUCAGGGUCAGUCUGAGAAUGGGAUAUCUCCAUGGGAAGGGGUACGAGAGAGAUGCAGGAAUGAGUGGGCGAUGUUUCAGGAUCGUCUUGACCUUGCAGACAAGACAUACAUUGCACACCAUUGA